CAUCGACUGUGCGAACCUUGGACGCUCCUUCCUAGCAAAUUCAGAACAUACCCGCACUUGCGAUGAACCGUCUCCUCGUGAAGCCAAUUUACAGUGCUCUGUGCUCAUAUGUAGUCGUUCAGAGCUGUCUGGAAUAAUAAUUGCACUGAAGAAGCGCCGACGGACUCCACACGACGGCAUGUAUUCUGGAAAUUGACGACUCCUCUUGGAAGAAGAGGUAUGGCGACUUGGCCUGUGGAUGACAUCCUUGCUGAAGCUGAAGUCUUGGUUUGCAUUUCACGCGCAUACUACUGACCCGUUGUAGAUUGUCUACCAUCGAGAGGCUGUGCAGUGUACUCUGCAUUCUCUGCUGCCCAAACGGCUGCAUCCUCGACCGCGAUGAUCCGGAAUCCCCUACUCUGUGUCCUUCGUGCGUAGUCUGGCUUUCGCGUGACGGAGGAUCCUAGGUGUCUAAGAUAAUGACUCCGCUCCAUACACCAUUGCACCACUCUUCCCGUCCUGUAGUCUCUGCACUGUGCACGCUAGCGCCCAUGCAAGGUAGCAGCUCUCCGUCGACGUCUUCGCGGUCAUGCGCCUUACAUAUGCGCGGCUUCGCGGACGCUGCGCAGAACGUUAACGGCCUCGCGGGUCAGGAACUCAUCGCCGUUUCCCUGCGAAGGUCCGGGUCGCUGGGCACAGGACGGGCAAGCCCGAUGACGUCGAUCGGACGCGGCCCCGCUGAGGGGGCAUGCUUGGGAACGCCCACGACCGGGCUGGGUGCAGCCAACUCUCAGCCGGGCUCCUCGUCCAGGCGCCACCGACCGUGGACACUCGGUACCCACCGCUCGCCUCAUCCAACAUUAUCCCCCAGUGUCAUCAGUGCUAUCAUGCGACAGCCUGUAUAUAAACAGGGGCCACGCCGCCGCGCUCCAGCCCCCACGCGCACGACCAGUCCCGCCAAAACGCCAUCCCUACACCGCCCUCGCGCCCUCGUACCAUAUACCACUGCUCAUGACCGAUAUGGAUGUGGAUGUGGCUUCCCCCUCUGGGUCGCGCAUGCACUCUCCUGCGCCCGACGUUAUACAGCAUGCCACAAAUAUUACGCCCUUCCCCGCUGCGUCAAAGCCUCUAGAGGACACAGUGGGUCCCUCCGAGGGGGAGGAGACACGCACGCGCACGGUGCGUAAGAAGAAGAGCUCGCUAGACUUGCGCGACAUCUAUCGCAACGGGGGUCUCGUGCCGUCCUCGGGAGCCAGGUUGUAGUAGUGAGUGCCAAUGUCACUGCGCCUGUUGGUUUGCUGUGCUAACGUCGGUGUCAGGUGGGCUACGAGCGCGCGCUGCA